AAUUUCAAAUCGGGGGCUUGACUGCUCCUGGACGGCCACGCUCCCUCUGCCCGCCCGCCGGCCCGCCAGUCCCGGCCCAGGUGUUUCCCUCGGCACCCACCUCGGCGCGGCGUGAGGACCGACUGACGGCCCGACACGCGGGCUCCCGGGCCUGAGCGGGGAAGGGGUGCCGAGCAGUCCCCGCUCAGCCCCCGCCGGCUCCAGCCGUGAGCUGAACUGACAGAGUACGUUUGGAGCUUAAGGACUGAAUUUGGACGUUUCCUAUCAAGAUAUUUCCGAAAACUUUACUGCUGAGCCUAUGCACGUGUGCGUCUGGGGAGAAAUUCAGGCAUCUAGAUGCAGACUUUUAUCCAGAUACUUGGGGUCGUGUCUGCCCCGCCGGCACCCGGGCUCGGGCGCUCAGUCCCGAGCGCUGAUCUGUGAACAGGAUAUUAAACUUUUUAAUAGAAUUGAUUGGACUACUUGAACCCUCAGAAUAUUGGGAGGAACUCCAGAUUUUUGAUUUUUUAAAGAAACUCUAAAUGUAUGAGAGAUUUGCAGAAUGGAGAACGAAAAGGAAAAUUUCUUUUUUGAGCCCCAUAAAAGGGGCCUGAUGAAAACACCUCUGAAAGAGUCCACUGCAGCAAAUAUAGUGUUGGCUGAGAUCCAGCCUGACUUCGGCCCUUUAACCACACCCACCAAGCCCAAGGACAUCUCCCAGGGAGAACCGUGGACGCCAACAGCCAACCUGAAAAUGCUCAUCAGUGCCGUGAGCCCCGAGAUCCGCAGCAGAGAUCAGAAAAGGGGGUUGUUUGACAACGCAAAUGGAUUGCCUGAGGCCAAAGAUUGUUUGCACGAACACUUAUCUGGAGACGAAUAUGAGAAAUCCCAACCAAGUCGAAAGGAGAAAAGUUUAGGAUUGUUAUGUCAUAAGUUCUUAGCACGCUAUCCUAAGUAUCCCAACCCUGCUGUGAAUAAUGACAUCUGUCUUGACGAAGUAGCCGAGGAACUUAAUGUUGAGCGUCGACGCAUUUAUGACAUCGUGAACGUCCUAGAGAGUUUACACAUGGUGAGCCGCCUCGCCAAAAACAGGUACACCUGGCAUGGGCGGCAUAAUCUCAACAAAACUCUUGGGGCUUUGAAGAGUGUCGGGGAGGAGAACAAGUACGCCGAACAGAUUAUGAUGAUCAAAAAGAAAGAAUACGAACAAGAGUUUGACUUUAGUAAGAGUUACAGUAUAGAGGAUCAUAUCAUCAAAGCAAACGCUGGCCAAAACGGACACACAGACAUGUGUUUUGUCGAACUCCCUGGAGUGGAAUUUCGGGCAGCUUCUGUAAACAGCCGCAAAGACAAGUCUUUAAGAGUGAUGAGCCAGAAAUUUGUGAUGCUGUUUUUGGUGUCAACGCCUCAGAUAGUAAGCCUAGAAAUUGCUGCCAAGAUUUUAAUUGGGGAGGACCACGUGGAAGAUUUGGAUAAAAGCAAGUUUAAAACAAAAAUUAGGAGGUUGUAUGAUAUAGCUAAUGUUCUGAGUAGUCUGGAGCUUAUCAAGAAAGUUCAUGUGACAGAGGAAAGAGGCCGAAAACCAGCUUUUAAAUGGACAGGGCCAGAAAUCAGUCCCAAUCCCAGUGGGUGCAGCCCGGUCAUUCCUUUCACCCCCUCUGAUCUGGAAGUGAGGCGGUCUUCAAAAGAGAACUGUGCCAAAAACCUCUUUUCCACACGUGGGAAACCAAACUUUACCCGACACCCAUCUCUUAUCAAACUGGUAAAGACCAUAGAAAGUGAUCGGAGAAAGAUAAAUUCUGCUCCCAGUAGCCCUAUCAAGACCAACAAAGCUGAGAGUUCUCAGAAUUCUGCACCCUUCCCAAGUAAAAUGGCUCAGCUCGCAGCUAUUUGCAAAAUGCAGUUAGAAGAGCAGUCAAGUGAACCCAGAAAGAAAGUGAAAGUACAGCUGGCAAGAUCUGGGCAUUGCAAACCAGUGGCCCCUCUGGACACCCCAGCGAGUGCUGAGCUGGAACUGACGGCACCGUCCCUCAUCCAGCCCCUGGGGGUGGUCCCCCUGCUCCCCAGCCCACUGUCAUCGGCAGUGCCUGUGAUCCUACCUCAGGCCCCUUCGGGCCCACCCUAUGCCAUCUACUUGCAGCCUGCCCAAGCCCGAACCAUGACGCCACCCCAAAGUCUAAGCCCAACAGUCUGCCCCACUGCCUCUUCUAAAGCUAUGAGAUCAAAAGACUCCGCAGAUGCUACCACCGAGAAGGCAGCCAAGGAUGCCGCCAAGCCCAGCACCUGCACCAGGCCUGGAAGCUUGCUGUCAGUGCCAGAGAGACACGGUGCAAAGGCCCGAGACAAGGAGCCUGCUGGAGAAAGAGGCUCGAAGAGGGCAAGCGCGCUUGAGGACAGCGGUUCCAAAAAGAAAUUUAAAGAGGACCUAAAAGGACUUGAAAACGUCUCCGCAACCUUGUUCCCAUCAGGAUACCUAAUCCCUCUCACCCAGUGCUCAUCCCUGGGGGCAGAGUCCAUUUUGUCUAGUAAGGAAAACUCAGGUACUCUUUCCCCAAACCACAGGAUCUACAGCUCCCCAAUCGCAGGUGUUAUUCCAGUGACAUCAUCCGAACUCACUGCUGUUAAUUUUCCCUCUUUUCAUGUAACACCUUUGAAGCUAAUGGUCUCGCCAACUUCCGUGGCAGCUGUACCUGUCGGGAGCAGCCCGGCUCUCACUUCGAGCCACCCCGUUCCCGUCCAGAACCCAAGCUCAGCCAUUGUCAACUUCACCCUGCAGCACUUGGGACUCAUCUCCCCCAGUGUGCAGGUGCCCGCCAGCCCCGGGCCCGGGACCGUUCCCAUGUCUCCAAGAAUAGAGGCCGUUAGUGUUGCCCCAGAAAGUGCAGGCACUCAGCAAGGAAGGGCCAGCAGGUACGACUCACCUGUCCCGGGCCAGAACCAGCCGAAUGGACAAUCAGUUGCUGUGACAGGGGCACAACAGCCUGUUCCUGUGACACCGAAAGGGUCACAAUUAGUGGCCGAAAGUUUCUUCCGCACCCCAGGUGGACCAACGAAGCCGAUGGGCUCAUCCUGUGUGGAUUUCGAUGGUGCUAAUAAAACUUCUGUUGGAACUCUCUUUGUCCCACAGCGAAAACUGGAAGUCUCAACGGAGGAUGUCCAUUAAUUGACAGAUUUGGCUUCAUUUAAUUUUCUAAAGUGUUGUUUAAUAGAGAAAAUGUACUCAGACUGAUUUGGAGACCACAUUCUCUGAAAAUACUGUAAAUACGUUGGGGGUUUACUUAAUUGGAAAGCGGACACUUGUUUUCCUACUGAUAUAUAUAUAUAUACACACAUAUAUAUAUAUUUGUGUUAAGCUAAGUUCAGCCAUCAGUCCUACAAAAUAAAAGGAAAAUGUUGAACUAAGGUAUAUUAACUUCUAGGAGGAAAGGAUUCAUUAUUUCAGCUGUGCCUGUACCAUUAUGCAAAGUACCUGUGUUAAAGUUUACUUCCCUUUGAGCAGAUAUGUGACAUGCCUAACACAGCAAUCUCUUAAACUUUGCACAAAGACGAUGCUGUGAUGUAUAAUGUUAUAUUUUUAAAAAGGAGGGCAAUAGAUAUAUUUUUUGUAAUUUCUUUCAUCUGUUAUUGUUGCAAUGUGUCUUUUUGUAAAGUUCGCAACAAUCAAUCAAGUCUAUGGAAAAAUUAUUUAUAAAAUGUAUUUUUAAUCAUAAGUUGUUCAAAUUAAAACUUUUCUAAAAUAUA